AUGGCUACAUAUAAUAAUAAACACUGGUUGUUGAGUCAUAUACGAAAUUCUUUUGUUAGCACUGAUGAUACAGGAAUCUCUGAAUUAGUGAUGAAUAGUGACGAUUUGGCGAAAAGUUUAGCUCUAAUGCAUAGUAAACAACUGACAAUGUCACCAUCACCAAUCUCAGGAAGUGAAGGAAACUAUCGAAGCAUGGACGAAAAUUUUUAUAUUUAUCCUGGACUUGAUGCACCGGAAGAGGAAGAUGAACUCCUUUCACAGUCUUUUGAUAUCAACUUCGCUCAAGAAGGUCCAUUCUUCAGAUUUAGAACCAACACAGAUGCGAAACUUGACAAGAUGAACGACAUGAGAAAGAAACAAGCUCAAAUUAAGACUAUCAAGUGUGACGAUACAAUCGUGAAGCUUAACGAAGAAAUGGAUGACAACGAUGAACUUUUUAUUCGCAAAGAUUACAAGAAUACUUCAAUUCUGCCAAAACGAUCAAAGUUUGCUGAGCAACUUGAGAAAAUGCCACCAAUUCCUCUAAAUAAAUUUCGGAAAUUUUCUUGCUUCGAUGGAACGUCACAUCCACCAAACGAAACAAGAACAAUUCAAGUAUUUGUUAUUCCGUUACCGAAAGAGCAUCGUGACUAUCCGAUAAGAUGUUGUGUCCAAGCAAGUGCGAAAAUUGAGGAAUUUAUUGGAUUUAUUUUAUUCAAGUGUACACAAGAUUUGCCUGAAGUGUCGCAGAAAGUGAAUUUUGGGGAUGUUAAUGAUUAUGGGUUGUUCAUAUCUGAUGAGACUGGUGAACCAGACCUUGAUUUUCCUGCACUUGAUAUAAAUGAACAAGUUCAGCGAUUCCAAUUUUCACAUUUAGCCUUGUCAAAGCGAAUGGUUCAAUAUUUUCAAAAUCGAACACUUUCAGUUGCUUCAGAUUCGAAUUUGAUGAAUCCUGUAGUGAGACAGCCAUCUGUAGAUACAAACCGAUCAAUUCCAUCAACCAUUCGAAGAACUGAAGAGAUUGCAAUGAAUGUUCAUGAUACCAUGGUCGAAGCUCCAAUUUAUCGCGCUUAUCGUGUCUUUCUCAUAACAAAAAAGCAUUUCCGAACAGAAGUUCAAUUGGGAAUAUCGGGAGAUAAAGUUGAAAUCGAUCCGUUGCAUCAAAGAAAUGCAAACUACUUUUUUAAGCCUGUCAAAGCAAUCCAUUAUUCGAUGGAUUCGGUAGCUUGGUGUGGAAUUUCAAGUCGCAAAUCGAAUCGUUUCGAAUUUAAAAUCGCACACAAUCCAAUGUUCCUGGAUCCGCUUACAUUUGGACCAUCAACAUCAUUUGUGGAGACUUCAACUCCAUCUACUUUCACAUUAAAAAUUCACACUUUCGAAACAGAUCCAACAAUUGCAGAAGAAGUUGUGGCAAAAAUUGAUAAUAUUUUGAUGCUAAGAACAAGUUCAGUUCGACGUGAAUAUCUCAAUCGACAUGAAAAGACGAAAAAGAGUUUCAUUCGGAAGAAGAAAUUUCCUAUUUAA